AGGUUGCAGGCGUAUAGGAAAUCCCGGCAGAGAGAACGUACGGGCACGCACACAAACCCCCGUAGGACGCAGGACGCCCACGCAGACCAAGCGCUUCAACGCACGUGUGCCAGCUCCUUUCUACGCAGGCGCCGCAAGGGAAAAUCUUUCUCGCCUGGGUCCGUGGCCCGGCAAUGGCGGAGGAGACACUCGAUCAAAGAAGCGGUGUUGUGGGAACCGGCCCUUCCGAGAGAGGCGUGGCCCCCAUCAAACCUCAAUACCUCGCUACAAAGGAACAGUUCCAUACAUUCCUCGAAAGCAGAGGGAAAAGCUCAGGUGACCAAGCUGUGGGAGAGCCAGACGGCGACAGAGCCGAGACCGAAUCAUCUGUUUGUGACUCAUCUGAGCCUGGAGCCAAGAGACUCAAGCUUGAUGAUGGAAAAGCGGAGGGUCUGGAAAGGCAGUCUCCAGGAGAGGGAGAGGGGGAGACCCAGCAGAAGAGGAAGGCCCGGGGCCAGAACAAGAGCAGACCCCACAUGAAACCAACUCGCUAUGAUGACCAGAGGUUAUGUCCAUCCCUGAUCCAGGAGUCAGCUGAAAAAUGCUUCUUUGGCGAGCGCUGCCGCUUUCUGCAUGACGUGGACACUUACUUGGCCUCCAAACUCCCAGACCUUGGGGACAAGUGUGUCCUGUUUGAGACCUUUGGGAAAUGCAUCUAUGGUGUGACGUGCCGUUUUGCCGGGGCCCACCUGGGUCCCCAGCACCAGAACCUGGUGAAGGAGGAGCUGGUGAAACAAUGGGAGGGCCAGAAACUCACAAGCAAUGGUCUCAGCAAAGACCUCCAGCAUCAGCUUCGAAAGAAGAAAGUCCAGUUUGAUCUCUCAGAGAAGUACCUGAAGCAGCUGUCUAAGUCAGGAAGGGUAGGGACUGGGAAGGGCCAGACUCCGGUGCCUGCCGCCGGACCAGAGGCCUCCCUCGACUCCCUGGGACACAUGGCCCCCAAUUCUACCAGUGGUGAAGCCCAUGAGUCUCUAGCAAGUGUUGAAUCAGGGUUACCACAGUCAGAAACUGCCUCAGGGACCCCAGAACAAGGAGCCACCCCCCAGAGAAGUGCCGUCUGUUCCUCAGGGCACCUGACUGACGAGGACCUUAUCAGACUCCGGCCCUGUGAGAAGAAAAGGCUAAACAUCCAGCACAAGCUCUAUCUGGCCCCGCUCACCACGUGCGGGAACCUGCCCUUCCGAAGGAUCUGCAAGCGAUUUGGAGCCGACGUGACCUGCGGGGAGAUGGCCGUGUGCACCAACCUGCUCCAGGGCCAGUCAUCCGAGUGGGCCCUGCUCAAGCGGCACCACACGGAGGACCUCUUUGGCGUCCAGCUGGAGGGAGCCUUUCCGGACACCAUGACCAAGUGUGCCGAGCUGCUGAACCGGACCGUGGAGGUCGACUUUGUGGACAUCAACGUCGGCUGCCCCAUCGACCUUGUGUACAAGAAGGGCGGGGGCUGUGCCUUAAUGAGCCGCUUCAACAAGUUUGAGCAGAUAGUCCGGGGGAUGGACCAGGUGCUGGAUGUGCCUCUGACCGUGAAGAUCAGGACCGGAGUACAAGAGAAGGUCAACUUGGCCCACCGGCUCUUACCUGAACUUCGGGAGUGGGGAGUGGCGCUCACGACGCUCCAUGGCCGCUCCCGGGAGCAGCGCUACACCAAGGGUGCCGACUGGACAUACAUUCAGCAUUGCGUCAACGUGGCCAGCCCCAUGCCCCUGUUUGGAAAUGGGGACAUUUUGUCUUAUGAAGACGCCAACCGUGCCUUGGAGACGGGAGUUUCUGGCGUUAUGAUUGCUCGAGGUGCUCUCAUCAAACCGUGGCUCUUCACUGAGAUCAAGGAGCAGCGGCACUGGGACAUCUCCUCUGGGGAGCGACUGGACAUCUUACGGGACUUCACGAACUAUGGCCUGGAGCACUGGGGCUCCGACACACAGGGGGUGGAGAAAACCCGCAAGUUCCUUCUUGAGUGGCUGUCCUUCUUGUGCAGGUACAUCCCGGUGGGCUUGCUGGAACACCUGCCUCAGAAAAUCAAUGAGCGACCUCCCUAUUACUUGGGGCGGGAUCACCUGGAGACCCUGAUGGCCAGCCAGAAUGUGGACGACUGGAUCUCCAUCAGUGAGAUGCUCCUGGGGCCCGUCCCCCCGGCCUUCACCUUCCUGCCCAAGCACAAAGCCAACUCCUACAGGUAGCGGUCUGCAGUGGAGCCAGAGUGGCGGCCCCGUGCCUGCCCCCACCUUGCCCGCCAGGGCGCAGCAGCCCUUGAGAAAUAAACUGUCACCUUUUGUAAA